UCCGACAGUGUGACUCGCAAAGCGUAACUGCUGUGAAUUAGCUGUUUUAGUUUCCUGUUUUAAGUUCUAAAAACUAAUCUUUAGAUAAUUUCAAACUAAUUAUCGACAUACAUAACUGUACCGAUAACCGAUAUAUUGCAAGUAUCAGUCGAAAUACGUGUUCUACCAGCUUCAGUUCAGUUCUGAAGUUGCAACUCGAGGCCCCUGCGGAGUGUUAGCUUGAGCGGCACUGAAAAGUUUGUUGUUGUCACGUGACGUGAUACGAAUGUGGCGAUAAAGUUUUUGUUUCGUUAUUAAAACGACCAUACUACAUUUCAACAUUAGCUAUCUAUUGAAGUAACUACUUUAACACAAUGCCUCAACCAAAAUACAGGAAGAUUGCUGUGAUUGGAUACAGAUCUGUAGGAAAAUCUUCUCUCACAAUACAGUUCGUGGAAGGACAGUUCGUAGAUUCAUAUGACCCUACCAUUGAAAACACCUUCAACAAAAUGGUGUCUGUCAACGGUCAAGACUUCAAUCUUCAGUUGGUCGAUACAGCGGGUCAGGACGAGUACUCUAUUUUCCCUCAGUCUCAUUCAAUGGACAUCCAUGGUUAUGUCUUGGUCUACGCAGUGACUUCCAUGAAAAGUUUUGAAGUUGUUCAGGUUCUUCAUGACAAGCUUCUAGAUAUGGUUGGGAAAAUACAGGUGCCAACUGUUCUUGUUGGGAACAAAAAAGAUCUCCACAUGGAAAGGGUGAUUAAGCCAGAGGAAGGGAAGAAGCUGGCCGACUCAUGGGGAGCAGCGUUCAUGGAGUCUUCUGCCAAGGAGAACGAGACCGCUGUAGAGUUAUUCAAGAGGAUCAUUCUGGAGAUGGAAAGGGCGGAUGGGAACGUUCCCUCAGAAGAUAAGAAGUGUGCUGUGAUGUAAGAGGGUCUAACCAGGACAGCAGUAAGCUCAUUGGCUGAAACCAGGAGACACAUCACCACCAGCCUGCCAAUCAUGACCUCCCCAGCACCAUGGAGCUGCAGUCGCAAUGUGGCCAUUUAUAAUUCAACAGUGUUUUACAAAGGCAGCCAAUCACACUCAAGGCUGACUAAGGAGAACUCUGACAGGUGUCACACAAGGGUUUCACUGUCAGUUUUACUGAAGUCUGUCAAGUUUGGUUGGCAUACACCAAACCACAUGAAAAACAAAACAUAUGAAAAUGCCAAAUGUAAUAUAAGAGCCACAAGCCCAAACUUCACAACAAAAAACGGCUCUCUGAUAAUUGCAAUCAACAAGCUAGCCAUGCAUCAACAGAUGGAGCGGUGACUGGCCAGUGUCCCCAACUCUCACGGGCUAGCUUCACCUUGUACAUAGUAAGCCUAAAAAACAUGCCUGACUCCUUUUCUCAGGUCAUCUGUAUACUUCAAUGAAUACACCGGCCAUGGCAGAGAGCCACAGUUCACAUUGCUGUUGUAGCGGCGUUGGAAAGUCGCUAUGACACAACUGAUAAAUGUCUUGGUUACAGUAUCUUGGAAUGAGUUUUCUUUCACACAAUAUGUGUGUUGCGGAAAUACAUUUCCUCUAGCAUUGGUCUUGGCUAACAUUGUUUCACUGUGAAACCUUCUGCAAGUCAACUUCAGGUUACACUUCAUCCUUGAACUGUAAAUCAUGUCUUUUAGAAAAAAUGCUGAUUGGUCCUCGCUCCCUUCCUCUCUAUGAUUUACCUGUCAUCUGACAUUAAUAAUUAAGCUGUAAUUAUCCAGUGGACGAGGCACCCUUGAAUGAAGUUUAGAUUAGAAGAGUGGAAGAGAUCAGUUAUAUUUAAAAGUUGUGGCCUUUUGAUCCCAGAGAACUAGGAUCCUAUACACAGGUUUGAUAGUGUUGUUGGUUAUAUCCUGAGAUAAUACAAGUUUGUUCAUUCAGCAGCGUAUUGAAUAAAAUGUCUGCAUAUAAUUAAGAAUAUUAUGGAGUUGCAGUUUUUGCAUUCACUGAUCAUUCCUUACCACUGUGGACUGCAAACCAGUUCAUGGGGACCACAGGAUCUGCUGGUUUAGUUUUGGGGUUUUGAUUCCAGAAGUGAUGUAGGCUUGGUCAAGCUAAAUAAGGAAGCCGUAUGACCCAGUAUGACUUAUGAAUUUAGUGUAGAGUCAGGGAAUAGCAGCGGACACAGUGCUCACCAUAACCUGAUUUGCGUGUCCACUUUAGCCUUACAAACAAAAGAUCAAUUGGAAGCCAAUGGUUUUUACUGACAUUACUUUAAUUUAUCCAGAUAUUCCACCCCCUAGUAUCUAUUAUUUGUUAUUUUGAUGUUUAUUUUGGUAGUGCUUCUCUUUGAGUAAGUAGUAGAUUGAUUGAUGGUCUAAGAGAAGCUGGUGAUGCUGUGUCUUGUGCCUUAACUUACCCUUUAUUCCCCCCACCUGCUUCCCUACCUGACUCAAGGUGCUCUCUAGUUUUUUUUUCUUCUGUUGCCUUGAUCCAAUGGGCAAAAACCAGGUGGUGUUGUGCACCUGAACACCAAUACCCCCACGGUCAAUGUUAACUCUGAAAUCUUGCUGUAAACAGUUUUGUAUAUAUAAAUAAAUCCUUUACUCCUUUAAAA